AUGACCAAUUACGAUGGGGGAAACGAGAUGGAAACCUUGUCAGCGGUGCCCGUUUACGAGGGAUACAUCGUGAAGAUGGCUUCGAUUGUGUUGUCCCAUCCUAUAGAUCUUAUCCGUGUGAAUAUUGAGGCAAACGCCCAUAAGCAUAGUCGGCUGACAAUGCGACACAUGCUCGAAAGAAUGUCUAGACACGGACUGCCAGGCUUCUACUAUGGGAUCGAUGCAGCUGUCACACGCUGCACUGUCCAAACGAUCAUUUCGUACCAUCUAUUUAGAAAUCUCCACCAACUUCUGUGCCAGCAUCCAUACUUUAUAAUGCUGCAACCGUACAACACCGAAGUCCUAAAGGCACUGUGCAGCCUAUGUGGCGGCAUCGUGGCCACGCCCUUGGCCAAGCUAUCGGUCAUCCGGCAGGCGGACCUCACGCGCGGUUCAUUCCAGAGGCGCAACUAUAGACGCUUGACUUCCGGCUUGAAGUGCAUGUUUCGCAAGGGCGGCAUACAGCACCUAUUUAUUGGCUGGGAGAUGAAUGCAGUCAGUAGCGCAGUGAUGACUGGGCUGCAUAAGCCGGUGAGCAAUUUGGUGGAAGACCUUGCACCGCGGCUUUACAAGAAAGAUAACUCCUGGGUACCAAAUCUCGCCCGCAUGGCGUUGACAGGCAGCAUCGUGAACGUCAUUAUGACACCGAUAGACACACUGUCCGUUAUGGCUCUGAAUCACAGUCGCUACAGUGAUUUCACCUAUAAAAAAUUGUGCCGACUAGUCGUAAAGAAACAUGGAUACAGGGGCUUCUUCUUUGGCCUGAAACCCGGCCUUAUAAGCCUAAUUCCAAACACCGUAGUGAUCUCCGUAGCGACUCGUCUGCUGCUGAAUCAACAAGUAAUAUGA